AAUUGCGUGCAUGUCUUUGCCAUACAUUUUGCCCAUUACCACUGUCCAACCCAGCUUUCAGGAGGUUAUAUCUGAUGUUAAGUCUGGUCAAGCACCUUUCGAUACUUUCUGGGUAUCCUGCUACAAGGAAACAGCCCCCUCGGUGCACGAGAAAAUCAAGGUAACUUUGGAUGAUAUAGAUAGGGAUGCAAUCAAUUUGGAACCAAAAGACGGAUCUCUCAGUAUUUCUCACCACGACGCCCAGGAUUUGUAUACGAUUCAAUGUGUAUCGCUCAACGUUCCACCUACCCCCCUAUUUUGCCCAAGAAAGGAAUAUAUGACUUUAGACAAUAAUCCAAAGCUUCCCCAGCAUAUAACUGCCUUUGAUGUAUCUCCAGACGGAACUCAAUUUGCUGUCGGCUUCCUUAGCGGUACUGUCCAGAUCCAUCCGACAACUUCUUCGUCAACGCAACCAGAAGUUUCAAGGAUCACCGUCGCAAGACCUCAUCACAGUUCACUAACUUCUCUCCGUUUCUUCCCAUCAUCUCGGGUGCUUCUUACUGCAGGAGCGGAUUUCACGCUGACGAUUUUACCAGCCGAACCUGUACCUACGUCAUCUUCGCUUAACUCAUCCGUUUCCAAAACUAUCUCACCUGUUCGUACACUCAAAGGUCACACACAAUCUAUUGUAUCUUCUGCAAUCAUCGCCCGCGGACGUAAUGUCCUAUCGUGUGCAAAAGAUGGAACCAUCCGCCUAUGGGAUGUGAGUACAUCAACGCAGAUUUCCGUGAUGACGAUCGGCGGAAUGGGUAAAUUUACCCCUGGGGCAUCUAUGAGUGUGGGGGAUCAAGGUGAAUGGAACUUCGCAAAGAACUCAUUGAACGGGAGUGGCAUUGGUCAUCAAGGACACCAUUUGGGGAGAACAGCAGAACAAAAGUUUGAUGAGCGGGAAGUAGACACUGCUGGCAAGACCGUAGUUUGUGGUCUGCAAGAUGGCUCGUUCGAGGUCUUUGACCUAGGGUCCAAACAGUCGGUGUAUCACUCCUCAUUACGACCAAAUGCCCGGCGCUCUGCGUUGACAGCUAUUAAUUAUGCGCCAAUGCAAUCGUUGCUAGUCACAGGUUCAAGUGACGGUGUCGUCACCGUAUAUGAUACGCGCUCUUUGUCAGAGCCCUUGUUAUCUUUCGCCCGAAACUCAGCGUCCAUCGAAGACGUUAUGUUUAUGUCACCCAAUGGGCCUCUUUCAAGCACACUCGGCGAAUCCAACCUCAGUGGCGGGGUGGCCAUUGCAACUGCAGACGGCCUUCCUUAUAUCGCUAGCAUAAAGCCAGGAGAGCCCAGGGUGCUCGGGGAACUGGUGGGCAGUGACUGUGAUGGUAUUCGAGCUGUGCGGGAAAGUACUGAUGGAGAUUUAUGGGCUGCUGGAGAUGAUGGCAUCGUGAGGAAAUAUUAAUUGUAGUUUGAAUAUCUCAAAACAAAGCAGUAAUGGUUAACAACGUGUAUAAGUAGCGUGUUUUACCUUCCUGGAUUGCGAACU